AUGGCAUCAGACGAAGAAGUAGAUGGUUCUUUUGCAGGGGACGAAGAUGUAGAAGAAGGUGAAGGCCAGAAUGAGAACUCUGCAGAAAGUGAUGAAGCUCCACCAAAGGAGGAUGAUGACUAUUCUCCAGAAGAUGGGAGAAAGAAGAAAAAGGGAAAGAAAAGAAAAGCCAGGGGUGAAGAAAAGAAAGGAAGAAAGAAGAAAAAGAAGCGAAAGAAUGAGAGUGAAGAAGAUGAAGAUUUUGGUAUGGAAAUGGAGGCUGAAGGUGACAGUGACUAUGCAUUGAGUGCAGUUUCAUCCAGCAAGAAGUCACGCAAGGGGCGUGGAAGCAAGCACAACACAUCAACUCCAGUCGCUUCUGAUUCAGGAUCUGGUAUGCCCACCGUGGAAGAAGUGUGUUCAUCAUUUGGUCUCACAGAUGUAGAUAUUCAGUAUUCAGAUGCAGAUCUCGAAAACUUAACCAGUUAUAAGCUAUUCCAGCAACAUGUGCGACCAUUUAUUGUUAAGGAGAAUCCAAAGGUACCAGUGUCAAAACUGAUGAUGUUGGUCGCAGCUAAGUGGCGACUAUUUUGUGAGACAAACCCUCACUUGGACGGAGGAAAUAAUCAGAAUAUUGGUGGUUCUGAAGAAAAUACAAACACUUCAACAGCCUCAGAUUAUGCGCCUAAGAGGAGUGGACGUCCGCCUAAAGAAAAGCAGAUAGAAGACUCGAUAGACGAGCCAGAAGAGGAAGAAGACGACAUGAUCAGUGAUGAGAGCACACCAGCGCCACGGAAACGCGGCAGGAAGCCGAAACAUGGCAAUACGUCCACGCCUAGAGGAAAGCCGGGUCGCAAGCCCAAAGUACCCACGCUCAAAAUUAAGUUCAGCAAGCGCAAACGGACAAGUAGUGAAGAAGACCAGGAGAACAGCGCAGGGGCGAAUUCUGACUCGGACGCGGAGUUCGAACAGAUGUUGGCUGAAGCCGAAGAACCCAAACCUGCCCCCAGUGUGGCUGAAGAAACCUCUCCACCGAAAGAGGAGGAUCCCAAUUUACCUCCCCAGCCCAAGAAGAAAGCAAAGACGAAAAUUGGUAACAAAACAAAGAAGAAGAGGAACAAAUUGAAGACAACAAACAAGUUCCCAGAUGGUGCCGAAGGAGAACAUGAACAUCAAGAUUAUUGUGAGGUGUGUCAACAAGGUGGUGAAAUUAUCUGCGACACUUGCCCUCGUGCACUUUUCCACUUGGACCAGGAUGAUGAUGAUGAACAUCAGGAGUUCUGUAGGAUUUGUAAAGAUGGCGGUGAACUGCUCUGUUGUGACUCUUGUCCUUCGGCAUAUCAUCGAUUCUGUUUAAACCCGCCCUUGGAUGAAGUACCAGAUGGAGAUUGGAAAUGUCCGCGCUGCAGUUGUCCGCCGAUGGAUGGUAAAGUGGCAAAGAUUUUAACAUGGCGUUGGAAGGAGCACACGGGCAAGUCUAAAGCGCCUCGUUCUCGAGAGUUCUUCGUGAAGUGGCACGAAAAAUCCUAUUGGCAUUGUAGCUGGAUUUCAGAGAUACAGUUGGACGUGUUCCACCCGCUAGUGUACCGCUACUACAUGCGUAAAUCGGACCCUGAAGAACCACCGAAGCUCGAUGAAGGCAUGGAGGAGCGAGAAGGACGGAGACGCAAUAGUAGACAUGUACAACAAUCUGAUUUGAAUGAGAAAAUGUUGGAUGAGCAGUAUUACAGAUAUGGUGUCAAACCUGAAUGGCUGAUAGUCCACCGAGUGAUAAACCACCGGACAUCCCGAGAUGGCACCACUUACUACUUGGUGAAAUGGCGAGAUCUUUCUUACGACCAGGGUACUUGGGAAUCUGAACAUGCGGAUAUUGCUGGUUUGAAAAACGCUGUCGACUACUAUCAGGACAUGCGGGCCUACUUUACGUCCGAAGGAAAAUCUAAGGGCAGCAAGGGCAAAAAAGCCGGCAGAAAGAGCAAAAAUAGAGAAAACACUGACGAUGAUGAAAAUAGUAGUGGUGUUCAGGGCAAGGGAUGUAGGAAAUAUAACCCGCCUCCAGAUCGGCCAACAACUAAUUUGAAUAAGAAAUACGAAGAUCAACCGCCAUACGUCUAUGAAACGGGAAUGCAGCUGCACCCUUACCAGUUAGAGGGUCUCAACUGGUUGAGAUAUUCUUGGGGCCAAGGCAUCGAUACCAUCUUAGCCGAUGAGAUGGGUCUGGGAAAAACUAUUCAAACAGUCACAUUUUUGAACUCCCUGUUUAAAGAAGGACACUGUAAAGGCCCCUUCUUGGUAUCUGUCCCAUUAUCUACCAUUAUUAAUUGGGAGAGAGAAUUUGAACUUUGGGCUCCGGAUUUGUAUUGUAUUACGUACGUCGGUGAUAAGGAUUCUCGAGCGGUUAUUCGCGAAAACGAGUUGACGUUCGACGACGGCGCCAACAGAGGUGGGAGACCCUCGAAGAUCAAGUCCCAAGUUAAAUUCAACGUCCUGCUGACGUCUUACGAGCUAAUCUCCAUUGAUUCCACGUGUUUGGGUUCCAUAGAGUGGGCCGUCCUCGUCGUCGACGAAGCUCACAGGCUGAAGAGUAACCAGUCGAAAUUCUUCAGGCUUUUGGCCGGAUAUCAAAUUAACUACAAACUUCUCCUGACCGGUACUCCCCUGCAAAACAACCUCGAAGAACUGUUCCAUCUCCUCAACUUCUUAAAUAAAGAUAAAUUUAACGACUUAGCCGCCUUCCAAAACGAAUUCGCCGAUGUAUCAAAGGAAGAGCAGGUGAAGAGGCUCCACGAGAUGCUCGGGCCGCACAUGCUGCGUCGUCUCAAGGCCGAUGUGCUCAAGAACAUGCCUACGAAAUCAGAAUUUAUCGUGCGUGUCGAGUUAUCCCCGAUGCAAAAGAAGUACUACAAGUACAUCUUAACGAGGAACUACGAGGCGCUAAAUCCAAAGGGCGGUGGUCAGACAGUUUCGCUACUCAACGUCAUGAUGGAUUUAAAGAAGUGUUGCAACCAUCCUUACCUGUUUCCCGUUGCAGCUGAAGAGGCUCCUUUAGGCCCUCACGGUAAUUACGACACCCAGGCCUUGGUGAAAGCGUCGGGAAAACUAGUUCUUAUGUCGAAAAUGUUGAGGCAGCUUAAAGAACAAGGACACAGAGUGCUAAUCUUCUCACAGAUGACAAAAAUGUUGGACAUUUUGGAAGACUUCUUAGAAGGAGAGGGAUACAAGUACGAAAGAAUCGACGGUGGUAUCACGGGAACGAUACGUCAAGAGGCUAUCGAUAGGUUCAAUGCACCUGGUGCCCAGCAGUUUGUGUUCCUGUUGUCGACCCGAGCCGGUGGUUUGGGUAUCAAUUUGGCAACCGCUGACACUGUCAUUAUUUAUGACUCUGACUGGAACCCUCACAACGACAUCCAAGCGUUCUCCCGAGCUCACCGUAUCGGUCAGGCCAACAAAGUUAUGAUUUAUCGAUUCGUAACACGUAACAGUGUAGAAGAAAGAGUGACCCAGGUGGCCAAGAGAAAGAUGAUGUUGACUCACUUGGUCGUGCGUCCCGGAAUGGGUGGAAAAGGAGCGAAUUUUACGAAACAGGAAUUAGAUGACAUUUUACGAUUCGGUACUGAAGAAUUGUUUAAGGAAGAAGAAGGAAAAGAAGAGGCUAUUCAUUAUGACGAUAGAGCUGUUGGGGAGUUGCUCGAUCGUUCCAAAGAAGGUAUUGAACAGAAGGAAUCGUGGGCUAACGAAUAUCUUAGUUCUUUCAAAGUGGCCAGCUAUUCUACAAAAGAAGGCGACAACGAGGAAGAAGUGGAUACUGAAAUUAUUAAACAAGAAGCGGAGAACACCGACCCAGCCUACUGGAUUAAAUUGCUUAGACAUCACUAUGAACAACACCAGGAAGAUCAAGCCAGAACACUCGGAAAAGGCAAAAGAGUUCGUAAACAAGUUAACUAUAACGAUGGAAGUGUCGCUCAAACAGAAAACAGGGAAGAUUCAACCUGGCAAGAAAAUGGUUCAGAUUACAAUUCCGACUUUUCGCAAGGUAGCGAAGAUGACAAAGAAGAUGACGACUUUGAUGAAAAGAAUGAUAAUGGUGAUCUCAGCCGUAGAAGCAAGAGACGUCUUGAAAGACGAGAAGAAAGAGACAGACCUCUUCCGCCUCUACUUGCGAGAGUCGGAGGGAACAUGGAAGUACUUGGCUUCAACGCUAGGCAGAGAAAAUCGUUCCUCAACGCGAUCAUGCGCUACGGAAUGCCGCCGCAAGAUGCAUUUAAUUCGCAGUGGUUAGUUCGAGACUUGAGAGGUAAAUCGGAGAGGAACUUCAAAGCCUACGUAUCGCUAUUUAUGCGGCAUUUAUGUGAACCGGGUGCAGAUAAUGCAGAAACAUUCGCAGACGGCGUGCCCAGAGAGAGUCUUUCACGGCAACACGUUUUGACACGAAUUGGUGUUAUGAGUCUCAUCAGAAAGAAAGUACAAGAAUUUGAGCACAUUAAUGGGUAUUACAGUAUGCCGGAAUUGAUAAGGAAGCCGGUCGAACCCGUUAAGAUAGCAGGCGCAGAAAGUUCAGCUCCUAGUCCGGCACCGUCUUCUGCCACUCCCAGCGCUUCAGCCGCACCUUCGCCCGCCCCGACGCAGGCCGCCCAGGCUUCGGGACAAGCACCUACACCUGGCAGCUCAGAUAAGGACGACAAAGAAGAAAUAAAAGAAGAAAAGCCUGACGUUAAGGACGCUAAAGAAAAGGAAGAAGCCAUGGACACGAGCGACAUAAAGGAGGAAGUUAAAACCGAAGAAAAAGAGACAAAGAUCAAGGAAGAACUUAAAGAGGAAAGACGAAUGUCCGUUGACGAGGAACCGCCUAAAGACGAGGAGAAUUCCGAUGAUAAAAAAGAAGACAAAGAUGAGAAAGAGAAGGAUGAUGAUAAGAAAGACGACGCCAAGAGUGAGAAAGCAGAGUCUGAAGCUUCUGAGAAACCUAAAGAAGAGAAAAAAGACGAGGACGACGAUGACGUGGUUCUCGUGAAAGAAGAGGAGGAUCUGAAGGUAGAGCGUCGCAAGUUUAUGUUCAACAUUGCUGAUGGAGGUUUCACAGAGCUUCACACGUUGUGGUUGAACGAGGAGAGGGCGGCGGCACCGGGUCGAGAAUAUGAAAUAUGGCACAGACGACACGACUACUGGCUUCUGGCUGGUAUUGUCACGCACGGUUACGGACGGUGGCAGGACAUACAAAAUGACCUACGGUUUGCCAUAAUUAACGAGCCGUUUAAGAUGGACGUCGGUAAAGGCAACUUCCUUGAGAUCAAGAAUAAGUUUUUGGCGAGACGAUUCAAACUGCUAGAGCAAGCGUUGGUAAUCGAAGAGCAACUCCGUCGGGCGGCCUAUCUCAACCUGACCCAGGACCCGAACCACCCUGCCAUGUCGCUGAACGCACGCUUCGCCGAAGUGGAAUGCCUCGCCGAGUCCCACCAACACCUGAGCAAGGAAUCUCUUGCUGGGAACAAACCUGCUAAUGCCGUGUUGCAUAAGGUAUUGAACCAGCUGGAGGAACUCCUAUCAGACAUGAAGUCAGACGUGUCUCGUCUGCCAGCCACAUUGGCUCGCAUCCCCCCCGUGGCCCAGCGUCUCCAGAUGUCCGAGAGGUCUAUCCUUUCGAGACUCGCCGCUACUGCUGGGAACCCAGUACCCGCCGGCCAAAUGCCACAGUUCCCCGCGGGCUUCCAGACCGGCACUCUGCCAGGAUUCUCGGCGGCUGCGACGGCGGCCAACUUCACCAACUUCCGGCCUCAGUACUCUGUGCCCGGACAACCUGCCACGCCCUCCUCCAACGUGAGUACCGAUAUGCCUUGCUCCAACGUAAUAUAA